GCAAACGACAGUUGUUAGAACGUUAAUGUUAUUUAAUAUAAAAUAAAAUAUUAAUUUAAUUAAAUUAAAUGAAUUUAUAAAUAUACACUAAUACGGAAAAAUACUAAACGGUUGUUUAAACGGGUUUUAAGCGGUUUUCACAAGAUUUAUUUCAAAACUUGAAAAACAAAAAUUCAUUAACGUUUUUUGUGUGGAAAAUUUUUGUAUAAGAAAAUUUAAAAAAAAUUGUAAUAAUUUAUAAUAAAUAAAACAAAUACUUAUUAAAAAAACACAAUUAUAACUAAAAAUGGUGUUAAGCAAUAAAUCGUGGUGUCUAUUUUUAAUCUUAAGCAUAACAAAAGUCAGUCAUGGCCAGCUAAUGUGUUAUGUCUGUGAAAAUUGUGCCCAAGUCACCGUAGAAACACCACAAUUGGAAUGUAAUGAAGAUUAUUUUAAUACUGGCGGAUCAACAGAUUCAUCCGUACAGACAACAACAGAAAUUCCAAAGACAUCCCCAGGUAUAACCGAAGACAGUGACUUAACAACAAAAGAAGAUACAACUCCCACAACUGUAACAACAGAAGAGCCAACAACAAUUACAACAACAACUGAAACGACCACUGAAAAAGUAACCGAAACUACCACAGAAAUAUCAACAGAAUCAACAUCCGAAGAAAUUGUUGAAACUACACAUGGAUCUACAACUUCUACAGUGGCACAACCCCCAACACCACCUACAGUAGGACCACCUAUGACUACCACAGGUAUACCAACACCACCUAAUCCUGGUACUGUUAAGCCCCUAGAUGAUGUAGAAAGUUUAAACAAUCAUAGUUUGGCGCAUGAACAAAACGUAGGUAAGGAUGAAGUUGAAAGUGUUGAAGUUGAACAUGCCACCACCAAAACCUAUAAACCAUCAGCGGAAUUUAGAAUACGUCAAUUAAGAUCAGUCAGUGAUGUAACCUAUCAUUGUUACAAAAUCCAUGCCACAACAGUAAAUGGCACCAUGGUGGUUAAUCGUGGUUGUUCUCGUGUUCAAACUAUGGAAUCCGUCUGUGGUCAAUGGGAAGCCCAACAUCCUAAUGAACAAGUUAAUAAAUGUUAUCCCUGUUCUCGCACCAAAUGUAAUGGCAGUUCUGCUCUGAAUGUAUCAAUAACCGCUUUAAUUGUUGCUGUAGUGGCAGUGUUCAUACACCGGAAAUAAACCAGUGAUAAACUAAAAAAUCCGUUUUAUUCAUAAAGCAGGAUAAUAGGAAAUCUUUAGAUCAGGUUUUCAAACAUGUACUUAAAGGGCUUUAAAUCUCAAAGCUUUAUUACAAAGUAUUUAGACAGACUUUAAGCAAAAAUGUUAAAUAUUAACUCGUUUUUGGCUUUCAAUAACCAUAUUAAAUUUUUAUGAACAAAAUUUGUAAUAAAAAAACACUUAAUUAAGGACAAAUAAUAUAUGAUCCUAAAACCAAAAAUAUUUUAUUUCACCAAAAAAAAUCAGAAGUAUUUGUUAUGAAAUUAUCCCAUUUAAACAAACAAACGAGACAAAAAUUAUGUAUGAAGCCAUUCUACAAA